AUGGCGCGGGGCGGGGCCAGGGGCUGUCCGCGCCCGCCGGAGACAUCCGCUUCCGGGGCCACGGCCGUCGCACCGAGGGGCUCGGCAGGUCGGCCAGGCUACGUCCGGUGUCGCGGCCCGCAAGCCACACUGCAUAAGAAUCGGCUACCCCCGCUUUGUUGUCGGUCUUCUGCGCCCAUCAUGCUGGAAAGUCUGAGCUCGCUGCCCACCCAGAUGGAUUACAAGGGGCAGAAGUUAGCUGAACAGAUGUUUCAGGGAAUUAUUCUUUUUUCUGCAAUAGUUGGGUUUAUCUACGGGUACGUGGCUGAACAGUUUGGGUGGACUGUCUACAUAGUUAUGGCCGGAUUUGCUUUCUCGUGUUUGCUGACACUUCCUCCAUGGCCUAUCUACCGCCGACAUCCCCUGAAGUGGUUACCUGUUCAAGACUUAGGCACAGAAGACAAGAAGUCAGGGGACAGAAAAAUUAAGAGACAUGCUAAAAAUAACUGAUCCGAGCUUUCAUGGUUCAGGACCUGCUUUUGUUUCCUGUGCGAUGAGCUGAAUUGCUUUCAUAACCAAAACAUGAGCUUAAACCACCUGUGUUCUUUCAGCACAGCUGUGUAGAGACCUAGUUGUCCUUGUUUCAUUUCUAAUGCGGUUGUAUUUUAACUUAUAACUAUUUUAUACCAUCUCUUCAUGAUCUUGUUGUGGAGAACAGGAAUAUAAGUAUGCAGUGCUUCUUUCACAUGUAUAUAAAGAAUAAACACCUCAUAACUGGUA